AUGAACCUAAGCAACUGUGCUAGAUCUACGACAAAGGGCGAGUCGAGCAAUAAGACCUGCUACAUAGGCAAAUGCAACCCGAGACUCCGCAAACUGCUAGGAGUGUCAGGCUCGUGGACACCCAGGACGAGUUUGUCCCAGCAAAGGCGCCCGGGCGAGGCCUCUAAGAACUGUGGAGGUGUGGGGCACUAUGCUCGGGACUGUCCUACACACGGCCGAUGCUGUGCCGAGCCGGAAAACAAGAGCAGUAGGCACCAUAUCCGUCCCAGCACUGAGAAGGCCGAACGUUUAAACCGUGAGGCCUAG